UGCAUCUUGUAUACUCGAAAAGAUAUCUGUAUCAGUGUAGAGAUAAAGUGACUGAUUUUCUCAUUUUGCUUUGUGAGACAGGGUUAGAGCUUCAUAAUGGGUUUACUGACGAUACUAAAAAAGUUAAAACAUAAGGAGCGAGAGAUGCGCCUACUGAUGCUUGGCCUGGACAAUGCAGGAAAAACCACCAUACUGAAGAAAUUUAAUGGAGAAGAUGUCAGCACCAUUUCUCCUACGUUAGGAUUCAACAUAAAGACACUAGAGCACAGAGGGUUCAAGUUAAACAUCUGGGACGUGGGGGGUCAGAAGUCACUGCGGUCGUACUGGAGGAAUUAUUUUGAGAGCACAGAUGGACUGGUGUGGGUGGUGGACAGUGCAGACAGACUGAGACUGGAGGACUGUAGGAAGGAACUCAGUGCACUUUUACUGGAGGAGAGACUAGCAGGAGCCACUCUCCUAGUGUUUGCCAACAAACAGGAUUUACCUGGUGCUUUGUCUAAGGAUGCCAUCAGAGAGGUGCUAGCUCUGGAUGAGAUUAAGACCCAUCACUGGUGUAUAGUUGGCUGCAGUGCAAUGACUGGAGAGAACCUCCUGACAGGUGUAGACUGGCUCCUGGAUGACAUCGCAGCUCGGAUUUAUACAGCAGAUUGAGAACACAGCCUUGUUUUACAUUUCAACUUUGCUAUAAACUGUAGAAGCAGCAUCUUCUUCCCUGGAAGUGUCGUAACUAAUGCACCAUGUUCUGCAGGGUUACGGAUUUCUUUCUGAUCAAUAUUAACAGUGCAACCCCUUUUGGUGCCUUUAUUAAGUUCUGCAUUUUAGCCUCAUGUCUCCAACACAAGGUUUAAUGUUUAUCAGAUGUUGAGAACAAAUUGUGUAGUUCUGUAUUUAAGUUGAGAAACAUGCUCACUGUUACAGCUGUUAAUGCCUAAAACCUCAGCAGAUGAACAGAGUGUUUGCUGUUCAGAUGGUUUCACUUCAAAAUAAAUUUUUGGAAAAGUCCAUGUUGCUUUAAAAAAAAAAUAAAUAAAAUUGCCUCCCCAACAUGGUAUUUUCUAAACUGCAAGUAAUAAAUUUCAUACCUCUUUAUAAACUCAUUUCAACAAGUGUGGUUCCCUAAUGUGAACUAUAAAUGCUGUCAUUUUAGUAUUAUAAAAGGCUUAUUCCUCAAGUGUUAAAUCAACUAUACCAUGUGUGUGUGCCAUCAUUCCAGCACCCUGCAAGAGUUAUAUUUUAACAUGAUUUCCUAUGGGAAAUCAUGUAAAAACUUGGCUGCUAAGGUUUUUCUGCCAGAUCAUUAAGAAUGUCUAACAUUUUUAAUAAAAAUGAAUUGACUGCACAUUUCAAAUGUCACCCCAAUAAAAAAAAGUACCCACUGUGGGCUAAUUAAAAUA